GGGUUUUUUGGGGGGGGGUAGAUUUUUCUGCAGUUACAUUUUUAAAGUUGCCAUCUCUACUAAGGCUUAGAAAGCAAAAUUCUUGUCAUGCAGAUCCAGACUCUCGGGUGCUUUGAUGCAUCUGACUAUAACAAAUGAGCUAUCCCUGAGGGCUAAAUUAUACAGUCGGCAGCAGACCCAGCUCUGCCAGCCUUGAUUUCUACUGACCAGUGACAGGUGAGAAGGACAUAAUCUGUAGCAGAGAAGCAGCAGACAGAUAGCAGACUGCUCCUUCCAUAUUUUAUUAUUUCCAACCUUCAAGACCUUUUUUUAAAAAGCAGGAUCCAGAGAGGAGUGUCCUUUUAACUUCACACUUGGUUCUGAGCUCUAUAAAAUGAAUGCAAUGAUGAUUCGCUGGCUGCUGCUUCUACUCCUGAAACCCUUUUGUUCUCCUGCACCUCGGCUUCUGGAAAGGGAUGACUGCCUGGUAGAAAACGGCAGACUACAGCAGAAGCUAAAAACACUCCAAGAUUUAUCCCAGCUAUAUGCACUGCAGCUGAAAGACCUCCUGGGGAACAACUACCACAGACAAAAGAGCAAGGUUUUCUCUGCCAUGAGGACCACACAGCUGGACAUGCUUUUGCCCUCAACGAGUGGAAGUCUCUUAGUCUAUAACCAAGAUUGCGCAAUGGUAUUUAACAGCGGAAAGAUGGAGAGUGGAUACUACCGAAUUAGGCCUAGAGCAGACAGAGAACCUUUCCUUGCCUUCUGUGACAUGUCAGACGGAGGAGGGUGGACUGUGAUUCAACGGCGCAGAAACGGAAAGGAGAAUUUCUACAGAAAUUGGGAUGAUUACAAAGAAGGGUUUGGACAGUUCCAGAGCAAAGGUGAUGAGUAUUGGCUGGGUAAUGAUAAAAUACAUGAUCUACUACUUGAAGGAGAAAAAUCAUUGAAAAUUGACCUGAUGGACUGGAAUGGGGAGAGACGAUAUGCAAUUUAUGAUAAUUUCCAGAUCAAGAAUGAGAGUAAUAAUUACCAGAUGGGCUUUGGCACCUUUUCUGGGACUGCUGGGGAUGCUUUGUCUGGAGGGAGCAACUUUGAGAGCCAGUGGUCUGCAUCGCUCAAUGGGAUGUCAUUCUCUGCUCCUGACAGGGACAAUGACAGGUUCCUAACAGGGAGCUGUGCAGAAGAGAAUAAAUGUGGCUGGUGGUUUAACAGAUGCCAUGCAGCAAAUCUCAACGGGCAAUAUCACAAAAAUGGGAAAUACUCUGGCCCCUUGGACAACGGAGUGGUUUGGUCAACAUGGCGGGGGCCGUGGUAUUCCCUGAAACUCACAGCCAUGAAAAUCAGGCCUUCGUCCUUUGUGGAUGGAGAGAGUGGAGAUGGAGAAGCCAACUAACACGCCCCAAGUAUGCAUUUGAGGAAAAGAAAAAUAUGGCGGAUUUGAGGGGUUUAUAUAUAUACUGUCUUCAACCUAAGUCAGCUUAUUCACAACAAUGAGGCAGAGGGCCUUCUCGGUAGUGGCACCUUCCCUGUCGAACCACCUUCCCUUCAGAUGUCAAGGAAAUAAACAACUACUGUACAGUAUCUGACUUUUGGAAGACAUCUGAAGGCAGCCCUGUUUAGGGAAGCUUUUAAUGUUUGAUGUUUAUCGUGUUUUUACUAUUUUGCUGGGAGCUGUCCAGAGUGGCUGGGGAAACCUAGCCAGAUGGGUGGGAUAUAAAUAAUAAUAUUGUUGUUGUUGUUAUAACAAGUGACAAGAGCUGGAACUGGGCCACUUCUGCUGUUCUUCCAGGAAAUAAGCCAUGCUCAAAGCUGUGGUUUUCAUGUUACAUUUCCCCAUGUUUAGAAAUAAAUACAGACUGAAGUGGAUUGCCGAGAGGUGGGAGGUCUGGGUCAAUCUGGCCUGGGAAGGAAGGAAGGAUUCACUCCAGGAAAAAGGAGCCCCCUCACCUUGUUUUGAAAAAACUGGCAAGCAGGUGAGAUGUCUAGGUAGGGAGCCUGUUAGGGAAAACAACUGGAUUCUGCAAGCCCUUUCUUUUACUUUCCAUACAGUGGUGCCUUGCUUAACAAAUGCCCUGCUUAACGAAAUUUCCGCUUAACGAAAGGUUUUUUCUAGCAGAGGUUGCCUCGCUAGACAAAUUCGUUUUAUGAAAAAUUCAUCUAGCGAAUCGCAGUUUCCCAUAGGAAUGCAUUGAAAUUCAAUUAAUGCGUUCCUAUGGGCAAAAAAAAUUCAAAAAAAAUUCAAUGCAUUCCUAUGGGAUUCGCUAGACGAAUUUUUCGUUAUAAGAAAAGACCCGUGGAAUGAAUUAAAUUCGUCUAGCGAGGCUCCACUGUAUUCAUGUUUUUUCCUCUGUAACUCAAAACUUUUGCAAUACUCUGAUUUACUGCAAAGAAUGAUCCAUUUUGUGAUACAAAACAGAAAAGGGGUAGGGGGGUAAAAGUUCAAGUGGUUAAGGGGGAGGGUCUCUGUAAAUCAAACUUGCAAGAAUGUAAUUAAGUCAAUUUUUUGUUCACUGUAUGAAGCCCACCAGAACAUAUCCAGUGAAUGGCAGAAACCAGUUUUGUUAUACAGUAAUGGUAAAACCUGUUGGAAAAUGCCGUUUUCUUGUGUUGGCAGUAACUAGGCAUAUCCUAGCCUGCUAUCCUCUGAUUAUAGGAUGCACAUCCUGUUCUUCUAUAUUGUAUUUGAGCCCACCUCUUAAUUUGCCUUUUGUCUCCAAUUUAUUGGACAUAAGCACUCUUAUGUCAAGAAUGCUUUGAUGGUGUUUCCUGCUUGGCAGGGGGUUGGACUGGAUGGCCCUUGUGGUCUCUUCCAACUCUAUGAUUCUAUGAUUCUAUUUCUCAAGGUGAAGGGAGGGGAGUGGUGAGCCUUGACUGACUCCUAAUAAAGCACAAUGCUUGCUAUACUAUACAUUUUCACAUAUCCUUUUUUUUUAAUUGAGUAAAUGAAAACAUGCUUUUACAAUUCUAAUAAAAGCCUAUGAGUGCUGAGUAUAGUCUUGGGGCCAGCUGUCUCAGGCUUCUGCUAAAAUGCAAAGACACAGUGAGAACAAUUCCCAGGAAAUGUGAAAGUGAUUAACUGCUUUGCAGAAUUUUUUUGGAUGAAAUGAAGGUGGAAAGAUGUCGCUAUAACAAAAGACAGCCUAUCACAUACAAUGCAACAAAAAUAAAACACUGCUUUAUUUUCAUCCUUGUCUAAAAUUUGUAUUAAAGCGUUAAAACCU